AUUAAGUUAAACGACAAAAAAACGUCAAUUAUUAUUUUAUAAAUUUUCAGUGAAUAGUAACAAAUUUUUACGUAUUUUUUUCCAAAUGAAUCGAAAUUAUUGUAUUUCAAACUUUAAAAAUGAAAACUUAACAGACUAUAAUCGAGUUUCGAAGGUCUCGGCAUUAUUCGAUAGUCAACCAGAAUUAUUGUAUAAAAAUCCAUACAUAAAUUUUCUCAGAGAAUUUCGUAUAAGACAUUUAGAUUUGAAUAUUCCCGAAUUAUAUCAUGAAGCUGCUAAUGCAUGGAUACAACUUUCCAAAAAAGAAAAGUUGGGUUUUCGAUGUUUAGAUAUUAUAAAAGAUAUAAAACAACGAAGAGCAAUGAAACGAAGAUUCGAAGUAGUUAAGAAGUGGCGUAAGCCUAAAAAGAAAAUAUUUAAUCCCCGUCGAAUAAUGCGAAGGAAGAAAAAAGAGAUUAUUCCAAUAACAAAAAUUAGAGGUCGACGACAACGUCGUCAAACUAAAACGGCUGAAAAAUUGAACAAAGAAAAGAGGAGAGUUAAAAAGCCUUCGAAAAAUAUCCAAAGAGUUGAAAGAAUGUUAAAUAGAUUAAAAAUGAUAAAUAAUACAGCAAAGACGGGAAGAAGACCCCGGAGAAGCGUAAGAAGAAGCCCACGAUUACGACGGCUAAGGAGGCAAAUCAAACGUCGAAAAUAGUAGUUAUAUAAGACCACUUCAGGUCUUAUCACUGUCAUUACUUUAGUAAAUAUGUCAAAUAGUAAAUAAGAGUAUUCGUCCCGAAAAUCAA